GACACGGCCAGAGCACUGAGAGAUAUCAGGUAUUGAUGUAACUGGAGUGAAUAAGGGAACCUUUGUCCUGAGCACAGACAUUGGAGCCUGUUAUCAGCAUGAACUCAUGUGUUAGACAAACACGUGAAUAGGUCAUAUCUAUCCUUCACUAUAGGAAGCAUCAGAAUGAUACAGCAAACUCCAAUAGUCUUAGACACCAAUCAAUGACUAUUCACAAACAUUGAGGAUAUCGCAGCAGAUAUUUAAAGAAGAUGGUGAAUUGUCAGGAACUGGGCAACAAUCAUUAUGUACAGAGAGUAAUUUAGUCAUCAAACAAGAUGACACCAUUUAUGACUUAUCUAGUGAAAUUAUUAUCCCAGACACACACACAUUUACUGAGUUUUCAAAACAUAUUAAAGAAGGGAAAAGUCUACAGUCUACCACAAAAUUCACACAGGUGAGAAACCACACACAUGUACUGAAUGUGGUAAAUGUUUCACACAAAUAGAUCAUCUGAAAACUCAUAAAAAGAUUCACACAGGAGAAAAGCCUUUCACAUGUACAGAGUGUGGAAAAAGUUUUACACAAAUGAGUAGUCUGAAGUAUCAUGAAAUGAGUCACACAGGUACAGAGUAUGGGAAAUGUUUUACAGAAAAGAGUAGUCUGAAAACUCAUGAAAUGAUUCACACAGGAGAAAAGCCUUUCACAUGUACAGAGUGUGGAAAAAGUUUUACAGAAAAGUGUAAUCUGAAAACUCAUGAAAGGAGUCACACAGGAGAAAAGCCUUUCACAUGUACAGAGUGUGGGAAAAGUUUUACACAAAAGAGUAAUCUACAAACUCAUGAAAGGAGUCACACAGGAGAAAAACCUUUCACAUGUACAGAGUGUGGAAAACAUUUUACACUAAUGGAUAAUCUAAAAACUCAUGAAAUGAUUCACACAGGGGAAAAGCCUUACACAUGUACAGAGUGUGGAAAAAGUUUUAUACAAAUGGGUCAUCUGCAAACUCAUGAAAGGAUUCACACAGGAGAAAAGCCUUUCACAUGUACAGAGUGUGGGAAAAGUUUUACAGUAAAGAGUAGUCUGAAAAAGCAUGAAAGGAGUCACACAGGAGAAAAGCCUUUCACAUGUACAGAGUGUGGGAAAAGUUUUACACAAAAGAGUAAUCUGAAAAGGCAUGAAAGGAGUCACACAGGAGAAAAACCUUUCACAUGUACAGAGUGUGGAAAAAGUUUUACAGAAAAGAGUAAUCUGAAAAGGCAUGAAAGGAGUCACACAGGGGAAAAGCUUUCCACAUGUACAGAGUGUGGAAAACAUUUUACACUAAUGGAUCAUCUAAAAACUCAUGAAAUGAUUCACACAGGGGAAAAGCCUUACACAUGUACAGAGUGUGGAAAAAGUUUUAUACACAAGAGUGAUCUGAAAAAGCAUGAAAGGAGUCACACAGGGGAAAAGCCUUUCACAUGUACAGAGUGUGGAAAAAGUUUUACAGCAAAGAGUAGCCUGAAAAAGCAUGAAAGGAGUCACACAGAGAAAAAGCCUUUCACAUGUACAGAGUGUUGAAAAAGUGUUAUACAAAAGAGUGAUCUGAAAAAGCAUGAAAUGAGUCACACAGGGAAAAAGCUUUUCACAUGUGCAGAGUGUGGAAAAUGAUUUAUACAAAUGGAUCAUCUGCAAACUCAUGAAAGAAUUCACACAGGAGAAAAGCCUUUCACAUGUAUAGAGUGUGGAAAAACUUUUACACAAAAAGAAUUAUCUGAAAAAGCAUGAAAUUAUUUACACAGGGGAAAAGCCUUUCACAUGUACAGAGUGUGGAAAAGUUUUACACAAAUGAAUAAUCUAAAAAAUGCAUGAAAUGAUUCACAAGGAAAGAAACCUUUCACAUGUUUAGAAAGUGGAAAAAAAGGUUUUUAUUGAAAUCGGGUAUCACAAAACACCAAAUAUUUACACAAAAAUAAACUUUAUAUACACUGUGUACAACCUUUUUACAAUUAUCCUAAAAAGGACAAACUCUCUAAAUAGAAGCAUCAAAAAGGAUCCUAUUGUAAAUAAUACUUUCUAAAUUCCAGUUAUAAAAGCCCCAGAUUGGAAGUGCUCUCCUGCUGUCCUUAGUUCCUCUAUAUAUGUGCACCUCAGUUUCUCUCAUAUAAAUGUGAUAGAAUCCAAACACCACACAGGAAUAUACAGAUCUGUCCUCAUACUGACCAGUUUACACAACCAUUCACCACCAAAGCACCCCCAGUGUUUUUUAUUAAUAUGCCACUGUUAGGAGUUGUACGUUUGUUUUACAUAGGGGAGGAAAUAAUUACAUUUACAGAAUAAAGAGUCUUUAUAUGAAUAGAGUGUUAGAUAAUUAUAUAAACAGGAACAUCAGUCUCAAAUGAUUGACAUCAGGGAGAUAUAUUUAAUGUGCACAUCAUGUGGAUAAACCUUUUCUUAUAGCAAUAGAUACUUAGCAUUGUACAAGUUAUAUACCAGAGGAAUUACUGAGGGGAUACUGAUUUUAUCUCAUGAGACACAAUAUCAGUAACUGGUACAUACGUGAUCAUAAUCAGUUUAAUUUAAAUGGCUACUAUAACCUACAUGUAUACUGGGUAUGUAAUAUGUGUGUCAUGUGAUCAUAAUCAGUUUAAUUUAAAUGGCUACUAUAACCUACAUGUAUACUGGGUAUGUAAUAUGUGUGUCAUGUGAUCAUAAUCAGUUUAAUUUAAAUGGCUACUAUAACCUACAUGUAUACUGGGUAUGUAAUAUGUGUGUCAUGUUCUGUAACUUGAUAUUAUGUCUGUUAGAUGUUUUCAUGUUAGUUAGAAGCCACAAGAACUGAUAAUAGCACAUACUGUAUAUAUAAAGGGAACAUUAUAUAUCUGAUAAAUCCCUUUGUAUCAAGAGCACAAGUGUUAGGUAUAUUUAUACCAUUGUGUGCAUAUAUCAUGUAAUGCUGCUGUUUACUAUAUAAUGAUAUACAAUGUUUUUUCAUGCAAAUAAAAAGUGAUUGUAAUCCA